CGGAGCAGACAACAAACUGAAGGGAAGUUAGAAGCGAAGAGAUAUGUCAGCAGACGGAGGUGAUGGAACCGCCGGUCAGGAGGACAAAAAACCCGGAGAUCAAUCUGUGCACAUUAAUCUCAAAGUGAAGGGUCAGGAUGGGAACGAGGUGUUCUUCAGGAUCAAGAGGAGCACACAAUUGAAGAAAUUGAUGACGGCUUACUGCGACCGCCAGUCGGUGGACAUGACUUCCAUCGCCUUCUUGUUCGACGGUCGCAGGCUUCGACCAGAGCAAACCCCCGACGAGCUCGAGAUGGAAGACGGAGACGAGAUUGACGCAAUGCUUCACCAGACCGGGGGAGGAUGGUUUUAAACACCCUUUUGGACAGAAUUCUCGUUUGAACCUUGGAAAACGUUUUGUGGUUUUGUUUUUUUUUAUCUGUUUCCUUCCGACUGCUGGUACUAAUAUGCGUGGUUUGUAAAUGAGAUCCGAUAUUUGUGAUGGCGAUGGACCGUGCUGGAGUUCAGCUCCUACGCUAAUGCCAUUGCCCUCUUUUUUUUUUAAACCUAAAUCAGAGUUCGUCUCUUGGGUACUUCAACCGAAAUCUUGGUGCCUUAUGUUCUGAGAGAAAAAGGGUUCAAGGAACAGAGACGCGUGAAUGGAGAAAAGUACAGGAAUCUUUUUGUGAAGAAAAAAAACCAACGAGCAGUUAUGGGUUUCUUGGUUGUUUUCAUCUGUUGUGAAAUGGGUUCUGUUUCUUUUUGUGGCAACCGUAGCUUUUUGUGGUCUUUGUUCUUAUUUACAAGAACCAAUGACGAGACAUGUUCAUCCAAAUAUGUCGGAAACGUGAGAGUACUUAUUGUUUUA